AUGAAUAUGUUAGAUGAUGAAGAUGACCAAAGCUUUCACGCUACGCGUGACGGCUACUCCCAUUUGAGCGAUGUCGAGUGGGACGCGGUUGAACGAAUGGGAUCAACCAUGGGCAUCCAUGCUGUUUGCGUCAUGCUAGAGGCUCUCAAUAGAGCUGCCCAACAUGCUACUAUCGCCAAGUUCAUUCAAAAUGAACUUGAAGCAGAACGCGAGAAAGUAGCCUUGCUUCACCAACAAGGUUCUCAACAAGCAGAGUUGUUGAGAGAACAGGGUGCUCAACAGUUUGAACUGUUGAGACAGCAGCAGGCUGCUGCUGGCGGGUCGAUGCACUCGCGUCGACCCGAGACUUUGAAGAUUGACAUCUCUAAGCAUAGGGUAGUCGAAGAGGACUCCCUCUUGAGAUGGUUCGUCGAAUUAGACGACGCCAUAAGGACGCGUCGCAUCGACGAUGGGGAUGUGCAAGUUGCAUUUGCCCAGUCAAAUCUGGCAGGACGUGCCAAGACUUGGGCUUUGGGGCUCAAGUUUUUUUGCACGACCCAUAUGCGUUUGGGUCGUUAG